AACUCGCUGGAUCUGGGGUUAGAGCUAUAAAAACGCUGCGACCACCGGCAGAUGUCAGUUAGUUACGUUUCAAUCGUCGCUUAGAUAUCACCAGAAGCCAACAUGAAGUUCGCUAUUGCCGUAGUCUUGUUCGCUUUGGCCUAUGGAGUCAACAGCUCUGUGGUGCCGCUGCUGACCACCAUCCAUGGUGGCCAAGUGAUUGUGGGUGCUCCCGCCAUUGCCGGUUCGGUGGCCGUUCAUGCCUCUGCCGUGCCCGCUGGCGUGCCCGUGGCCCUUGCCCCUGCCGGACCCUUGCUCAUCCAGUCGGCGCCUCUUCAAGCCACCGUUGUGGCUGCCCAUGCGCCCGCUGUCGUUGCAGUGGCUGCACCCGAGGCCAGCUAUGUGGCCAAGACACGUGGCGCCGUGCAUGUGGCACCGCUGCCCGGACACUCGCAGUCGGCUGCCUCCGUGAACCUGGAGCCCGCACCAGGCACCUGGUAAUCCACCAGCAGCAGCAGCAGCAGCUAUGGAUAAACGACCACCUUCAGACCCUUGCCCAGCCGCCCCACUCCAGUCAUGUUUUGUUUUAGUGCCCGAAAGGUUCUUUUUCCCCACUUGCCAGCGUCGAUCGUCGAUCUUUGGAUCCUCUUUGGCAGCUCACCAGCUCCACUUUCUUCAAGCAAAUCUAAGUCAGCAAAUCUCCGAGUACUUUCCUAUCGUUUUCUCUGCUUUUUUUCUCUUGUGUUAUCAUCUGGAAAAUUAUUAUUUCUUUGAAUAAACAACAACAAAAAAUAUGUUAUCAAAACAAAA